AUGCCGCUGGCUUGGGAGGCGUCGCUCCGGCUGGUGGACGAGGUGAAUCAGCUUCGCUUCAGCUGCCCCCAGCACGAGCUUUUGGCCUUACUGGACGACCUGCCCUCGCCGUCCUCGCCGUCCUCGCCGUCAUCUUCCCGCCCGGCGAACGGCCGCACGGCCAACGCGGCGAACGCGGCCUAUUUGCCACCGCCGGCGGCGGAAAGGCGGUUCCUCUACGGCGCGGAUGGGGCGCCGAGCCUCGGGGCGCCGGUGGUGCCGUGCAAAAACUGGCGCGAGAGGCCGCUGGAGGAGAUCUUGGAGUCCGCGCUGUCUGAGCUGAAGCGUUGCGGCUUCGUGGUGCUCGAGGAGCUGGUUUGUCCAGAGAAACUGCAGGCGUUGCUGGCCGAUUUCCGGCGCCAGCGGACAGCUGGGCUGCCGGAGGGCGUUACCUUCAGCCGCAUGCGCGCACAGAGGGACAUGACCGUGCCGCCCUUCAACAAACUCUGGGCGCAGGAUGACGUCAUUUGCCAUCCGCUGAUUCUGGCACUGCUGGCGCGGUAUGUGCGGAACAGCACCAACAUGAGUGAGGAGAAGUCUGCUGAGAUGUCCUUCGCCCAGUGGCUGGGCGCUGGCGGAGGUGUCGAGCACUUCACCUCGGGGGAGAUGAGCGCGGGAUAUCCGGAGUUGGACCUAAUGGUUGUGGUGGACACUCCUGCGGGGGCGCCAGCUCAGACCCGGCACCGGGACACCAUCCUGCCGGGCCCCUGCGCGUCUUUGGGGGUGCACAUCCCUCUCACCAAGAUGCAGGCGGAGCCGCUGAAUGGCGCCAUCGGCUUCUUCCCGGGCUCCCACGUGCUGCGGGGGGAGCUGGGGGAUAAGCCCAAGCUGCCGGAGAUGGUGGGUGCGACUGCCCCGGGCUCCGUGAUUCUCUACGACUCCUUUACGGAGCACCGGGGCCUGGAGAAUGUGAGCGCGGAAGCGCGGGCGGCCCUCUUCGCAUGGUUCCGGGUGCCUGGGGUUUACACCGGCCAUACGGAGGAGAACUUCGGGCCCGAGGGCCUGGAGCGGGCCGACGCCUUCCGGCGCUACCUGCGCCCACGGCUGCGGGAGGCGGAGGAGCGGCAACGAGCCCAGUGCCCGGGGGCGUGCGAGAGCCGCGCGCUGGAGGCCUGGGGCUUCCGGCGCCCCCCGCGGCAGCUGGUGCCGUGGACGCGGUCCUGGGGCGAGGAGCGCGUCUGCUUCCGGUGCAACCGCACGCGCGGGGAAGGCAACUUUUGCGCGGAAACCCCGGCCUCGAGGAGAAGAGAGUGGUACUGCCGCUCUUGCUGGGAGGAGUGCCGCUCAGCCGGGGUCACGCCAGCACCCUGGCCCGGCAAUAUGGAAGAGCCCUGGCAGGAGGACCGUGUCAGCGAGGAGCGGCUGGAGGAGCUGCAGGCGCAGGGCCUGAACAUCACCCCGGGCAAGGGCCGACAUAAGCUCACGCUGCUGCGGGAGCGAGGCUACUUCCUACCGGUGGACCCCUUGCCCUCGUGGCUGGACCGAGUCAGCAACGAUCCUCAGCCUUCUGGCUGGAAGGACGGCAUGCGCAAGGCGCUGGGCGAGGUGCCGCGCAGCGAUGGCUUCUAG